AGAAGAUAGCUUAUUAGAUCACGUUUUGUCAUACAAGCUGGCGCAGCCAUGUAGGUGAGCACCCCAAUUAAACGCACAACUGUCAGGCGGGUUGUCUGCUGUCAAGGCUAAUGACAUGCCUAUUGUGUUCAGUGUCGACCCGCCCCACAAGAUUAACUGUGCGCCAAUUACGAGGUGAGCUAAGCCAAUCAGCAUUCAAGUUCCUAACCCGAGCAAAGACCGCAAAGCGCUUGAGCCGGAGCUGACGAGAUUUAAAGAUUGUCUGUUACUGAGCUAUGAAGGCCAGAUGACCGUCGCCGACUCUGAUAAACUGAAGAAGCCUGUAGCUGCUGCGGUAAAGUUAAUUCCAGUGGUUAGGAUGAAGGGAUGGCGUUCUCCUCGAACCUUUUAUGGGUUUUACUACUCGUUGUAACGGAGUCACCUCUCCAGAGCCAGAAUGCAACACCGGACCGCACACCUUCCAAAAGAUCUUGCACGGAUUACGCGGUUCAAGAGAACCUCAACUCGUUUUUGUGGCUAGUGAAAAGGAAUCCGCCGGCUUACUUCUUUGGUACAAUCCAUGUACCUUACACAAGAGUAUGGGACUACAUUCCCACAAACAGCAAAGCAGCGUUUACCACGAGCCAAUACGUAUAUUUUGAGCUUGACUUGACUAACAAGCUUACAAUCAAUGCUCUUUGGAAAUGCCAAAUGCUACCCAAGGGAGGACUUCUUAAGGACGUGUUACCUCGAAAAAUGUAUCGACGCCUUUCUAGGCAUUUAAGAUACAUAAAGAAAAUGAUCCCAGUCUGGUUGAGAGACAACGAAGGAGAAUAUCGCAAAGGAAUGGCGCCCUACGCCGAUAAAAUAUUUCAGCUUUUGACUAAAGACUGGCAGCAAAAGCGACCGAUAUGGAUUAUGCUUAUGGUCAAUUCUUUGACGGAAAGCGACAUUAAAAGUCGAGGAAUACCUGUUCUGGAUCAGUAUCUUGCUUCGGAAGCUGCCAGAAACGAGAAAUUCACGGGAGCCGUGGAGGAAGUGGAGGAACAGUGCCUGCCGCUUAAUUCUCUAAACGAUACACAGGUUGUGUUUGCUCUAAACCAAACUUUGAACUUCCAGGAGAAGUUACGGGUUGGUAAAGCACACUUAGCUUAUUCUACAGAUGAUCUCAUAGAUCAUUAUAACUGCGGAGACCUCAACUCCGUCCUGUUCUCCACUCAAUCAACACGACUCCCAAGUAUGUCUUCUAACUCUUCCCUGAGACAGUUAGAGUUAAAGAAGACGCAAGAAAUCGAUCAAUAUUUUAGAACAGAGCUUAUCUUCAAGAGGAACGAACGCAUGGCAAAAAGAGUCAUUGAACUUUUAAACAAGAACCCUGAACGUAAUUUCUUUUUUGCGUUUGGUGCGGGACAUUUUCUUGGAAAUCACAGUAUUAUAGAUAUAAUGAGACGGGAAGGAUUUGCAGUACAUCAUAUGAAGCCAGAAGAUCCGUUACCAAAUUACAAAUCUGUCAGAACUCCAUACCCAGUAACAAGAAGAAAAAAGAAGCGAAGAAAAUGUCGCAAGAGAAAUAGAAGACGAUGUCCAGGGAGAAAAAGAAAGAGACCAGAUUUCAGUCGUGUAAAACUAGUGCUCAAAGUAACAAAAACGCCAACUGAAAAAAGAGGUAAUUCAACUAAACGUAAGCAAGGGGACGCGAGCAAUGAUAUGUCGCCUAUCUUGAAAUCGUCAGCAGUAGUAUGUGAUAACAACAGACUGACACUCUCAGUAACACUUCUGUGCUGGCUGCUUGUCCAUCACUUAAUAACAGACGUCAUUUAGGAGCAACCCAAAGUUAAACUCGACAGAUAAAAGACACGAAACUGGGCUGGAACAGAGCGAUAAAUACAAAGUCAGUUCGAGCCACGACACAGUGAAAUUCCUGGCAGAAAAAAGAGUAAUACACUUAGUGAAACAGCUGUCAGAGAAAAAUAAAUAAUUUAAAAUAAAACUGUCACAUACCACAACAGCAUGAUGGACAGAAGAGUAAACAGUAACAUACAGAGUAAAAAUUAAUGUUCUUUAUUCAUUUAUGUCGAUUAAUAUAAAUGCUUUUAUUAUAUGAAAUUACCUGGUUUAUAUGCCGCGUGAACUUUUCAGCAUUAACUUGGUCAAACAAAAGUUCCCAGAUUAUCUGAAUGCCUUUUUCUCACAAAUCAUUGCUAACCACUUAACAAGUGGCUGGCCAAACACCUCACUAACAUCAGACGUUUAGCUAAUGUGCAGCUUUGUUAGGACAUGCCACUUCUACACAGAUCUGAGCUGUGUUGAGAAGGGACUGUGGUGAGCGCAAAUUUGGCCCUUGUGGUCAGUCCCUCUGUACUAAGAUUUCUAGCCAGCAUAUAACCUACUAACUAUAGGACAGAUCUCUGUCUUCAAGUUUAUAUAGAAAUACAAAGACACUUAAUAAAAUUAAAAACAAACGUCCUGUGCUAAAGUCAGUCAAUCCAUGGAUGAUUAACGUGUGUUGUCUACAGUAUGAAUUGCAAGAAUUGUCCAUAUAAGCCAAUAAUAUGCGCAUCUUACUGUGUAGCCUUGCGACAGUUCAUCCAAACCUCGGAUUAUUGCGCCCUAAUUUACCACUUUCGUCACCAUGCCGCACGACCAGCCCAGACAUGCAUAAUAAAAAUUUAUUUCCUGAAACGAACAUUUAAAUUUAAAUUAUUUUACUAUACUUUGUAAGUUAUCAAGUUUCAAAAAACUAAUCAUAAAUUUCUAUCAAACUACACGAGCAAAUAAAGUCUAUAAGAGGAAUGCGACCAGCAGUUCGGUUGAUUAGUCAAGGAUAUCUAAAAAACAAUUCAAUUAUAUCAAUAUUCUCUUUCUUCAGCAUUUGUACAGGGUGUAUGUAUAUUUAGUUCGACAUUCCGAGAACAAUACCAUAAAAAGGAAUGUCACUUGAGAUCAAAGUGAAAUAUUUAUGCUUAUAUUUUGUGAAUAAAACUGUGAUUACAACACUUA